AUGAAUAAGUUUGAAGUCCUUGGCAUUGUGGGAGAAGGAGCGUAUGGAGUGGUGCUUAAGUGCAGACAUAAGGAAACCAAUGAGCUGGUGGCCAUCAAGAAGUUCAAAGACAGCGAAGAAAAUGAGGAGGUCAAGGAGACGACUCUUCGGGAGCUGAAGAUGCUCCGGACUCUGAAGCAGGACAACAUCGUGGAGCUGAAGGAGGCGUUUCGCAGGAGGGGGAAACUCUACCUGGUCUUUGAAUAUGUGGAGAGGAACAUGCUGGAGCUCUUGGAGGAACUUCCCAACGGUGCAGCGCCAGACAAAGUCCGCAGCUACAUCUACCAGCUCAUCAAAGCCAUCAACUGGUGUCACAAGAAUGAGAUCGUACACAGAGAUAUCAAACCUGAGAACCUCCUCAUCAGCUCUGAGGACGUCCUCAAACUCUGUGACUUUGGUUUUGCUCGUAACCUGUCGGAGGGAACUGACGCCAACUACACAGAGUAUGUGGCCACAAGGUGGUAUCGCUCACCUGAGCUGCUGCUGGGGGCUCCCUAUGGAAAAGCCGUGGACAUGUGGUCUGUGGGGUGUAUCCUCGGGGAGCUGAGCGAUGGACAGCCCUUGUUCCCGGGGGAAAGUGAGAUUGAUCAGCUCUUCACCAUUCAGAAGGUUCUGGGUUCACUCCCUGCCGAGCAAAUGAAACUCUUCUACAACAACCCUCGGUUUCAUGGAAUCAGGUUUCCCUCAGUUACUCAUCCUCAGACUCUGGAGAGAAGGUACCAAGGCAUCUUGAGUGUUCUGAUGCUGGAUCUGAUGAAGAACCUGCUGCUGCUAAACCCCACCGAGCGUUUUCUGACGGAGCAGAGUUUGAACCAUCCGGCCUUCCAGCCUCUGAGGCAGGCGGAGAGAGAGAGGCCUUCUCCUGCAUCGCCCAACCCGCCGCGCUCCUCCAAGAGGAAAACACACCAUCAUGGAGAGAACACAGUUCCUACCAGGAGUCACACUAAGAGCUCAAGCCGUCGCUCCAACAGUAAAGAGUGCUCCAGCCUCCCUCGCCACGGGGACCUCCAUCACCUCGGCAAUGAGAGCUUCCUGAAUGGCAACAAACCGGCCCCGUCCAGUUUGAGUCCCGUGCUCCACCCCAAGGGCCAGUACAUGUCCCAGACCCUCAAUCGCUCUGCCUCCUCCAACAAAGACCUGGCAAACAACAACCUGCCACACCUCCUCAGUCCCAAAGAGGUCAAAGGAAAGACUGAGUUUGAUUUCAGCAUGGGACCCUCCACGAAGCUGCCGGACCAGGGGCACGGGGGAAAGUACGGCCACAGCAAAUCCAGCUCGUCUCGCUCUCAGCAGCAGCAGCAGCAGCAGCAGCAGCAGCAGCAGCAGCAGGUCGGCCGACACACCUUCCUGGAAGGAAAGACAAACACACUGCAGUCUGGAGCGGAGAAACAACAUGGCCGACACACCCACAGUAUGGCCGACUCUGCCCACGGAUCCAUGUCCUCCUCGUCUAAGAGUUCGGCCUCUUAUCUCAGCCUGUCCAAGAGCCACAGCGCGCUGAGCGACGCCAAAUCGGUCGGGAACCUCAGCGACGGCCGGCUCCACCCGGACGACCCAAACUCCAACACAACAGCGGGGGUGGGACCCAGCGCCCGCUUCUUCCCUGCCAGCUGCUUAGACCUCAAUGCCCCUUCGGGUCCUCAGGGGCCCCCCGGCAGCCCCUCGACCCGACACAGCGAUCGAACCGGACACAGCCCCGCCUCUCGUAGCAGCGGCAACGUCCGCAUGGAGAGCAGCACACUGGACUCAUCCUCCAGACACAAGUCCAGACACAAGCCUUUAACUCCAGAGGAUAUCGGCGCUCCGGAGCUCUUAGACCCGGGAGGAGGGGGGAUGCCCUCCACUCACACUCUGCCUUCCCCACACGAGUCUUAUCACUACGGCCUGGGCUACACCUCCCCCUUCUCCUCCCAGCAGCGCCCCCAACGCCACUCCAUGUACGUGAGGAGGGAGCGCCACCGGCCCCACGGCCAGGAGGGUGGGAUGGCAGGCUUGCCCCCGCCGGGCCAGGUGAUACCAACGAGAGCCAGCAGCCUGCAGCUCCUCUCCCCACAGCUGCAGCACCGCACCAACCUCACCGGACACUCAGUGAGCUCAUCCAGAGAGGACUGCACCGACGACAUGACCAGGAGUGAGCCGUCCCCUAAAGACAUGAGCCACCCUUGUGCCCCCAUCAAAGACUCUGCGAGGGACAACGUUGCUGCUUUUCAUACGCAGCGCUCUAAAAACGAGGUGGGUAUGUACCACGACCCUCAUGGGGAAGAUGGAGGUUCUUCCAAGGAGAACCGGAUGAUCUUCACUGAGUCCAUGCCGAGGAGAGUUGGCAGCUUCUACCGAGUUCCUUCCCCAAGACCAGACAACUCCUCCUCUUUCCACGACGGCGUCGUCCAGGGUCGAGGGCCGGUCGUCCCCGUUGUAUCCGGAGACCCUGUCGUCAUGGGCAACCACUCCAAACGCCAGACGGCUUUUGACUGGAGCGCCGCGGAGGCGAUGGUCAUGAACCCUCCGGAGCCCGUCAAAGAGAAGGAGAAACAAGGCUUCUUCAGAGCCAUUAAGAAGAAGAAGAAGAAGACACAAAUAACGGACAUAGAGGACGGGAGGAACCCCAGCAUCAGGAAAAGUCUCUUCCCCCUCUUUAGCUCUAAGAAUAGCUUAAAGCACAACUCAGCUGUCAAAGUCCUCCCUGUAGUCGCCUCGCCCAUGGUACAACACCAGCCUACUGCGCCCUACCCUGCCUCACCAGUCAUCGGUAUCGGACAGGAACACCUGUCGCUGCAGAGGGGCUCCAAGUCCUCCUCUCAUCACGGCAGCCGGCGGAAAAACCGCGAGAGAUCCCGAGACAGGGACCGAGAGCGAGAUCAGAGCCGGGACCGGGACCGAGAGAGAGAACGCGAGAGGGAAAGAGAGAGGGAGAGGGAGAGAGAGAGAGGGAGGGAGAGAGAGAGAGUCAGUGAUUGGCCACAAGAGAAACCCGUGGACUCACACUCACAGAGCCACAAACUCAAGUCCCUCCGCCGGCUCCUUCACCUCUCCCCCUCUUCCUCAAAUCAAGGACAGCCUCCUCCUCCUCCUCCUCAAGACCUGCGCUUCCAAGCCCCCCUCUCCAACCCGCCUCAGCCCUCCUCCAAAGCGGGCUACCCCGAGGCUCGAGGGCACGUGGAGAGCAGGGGGCACUCCGGGGUGAGCAGCACCUCCCAGGCCAAGAGCCGCAAGCCCAGCUACCCGCUCCCCGGACAGAUCGAGUCCAGCUGGCACGUGUCGGCUCUGCAGCGGGCGGAGGGCGCUCAGUUCACCCCGGAACAGUUGGGCAUCAAACCGGGGCAGAAUGGACCCACGUUUACCCGAUCCUCCCGCAGCAGGAUGCCAAACCUCAACGACCUGAAGGAGACUGCUCUUUAA